ACUGAAUGGGAUUCAUCAUUGGGAUGGAUGUAGCACAAGGAUGAAACAAAUUCCUAUCUCACAAGCAGGUGUCAUCGGUUCUUUGGGUCUGGUGGGAAGGUAGUUGCCAUGUGCCCUCUGGGUACUGGACAAAACACUUCUGCUCAAUCUUUGAAGAUUCCCAUCUACUUCUUGCUGAGGGAAGGGGUGCUAUGAGCAAUAUUGACCAGCAGGGGUUGAUUCAACCUCCCCUCCCCAUAAGGGGUAGAUAGCAGGAGAAGUGUAGAAUCUGAGAGUUUCGACUUGGGAAGAAACAGGCCUCCUAGAAGAAGAGACAUUUGAAAUUGGACUUUAAAGAGUUUGGAUUCAACAGAGAAGAGGAAGAUGAAGGAUGGGUAACCUAAGCCAAGGAACAAUAUGAGUAAAGACCACACACACGGGAAGAAGAGAGCAGUGCAGCCUGUACCAAUUCAUUUAUUUUUCCUGAGAGCUGUGUUUUCUGUUCAGAUAUGGUACCUUAGGAAAUCCCAAGGAAGCCCCUUGCAUGGGAAGAAAGAGAGUUGAUUGUCAGGAACCGCUGCUGCCUCCAGCAAUCAUGGCCUACACAAUGAGUGCCAGCUCCCAUGCAGGGCCCAUUGGGUCCCAGUACUGUGUGUGCAAGGUGGAGCUCUCAGUCUGUGGCCAAAAUCUGUUGGAUCGAGAUGUCACUUCCAAGUCGGACCCUUUCUGUGUUUUAUUCACUGAGAACAAUGGCAAGUGGUAUGAGUUUGACAGGACAGAGACUGCUAUCAACAAUUUGAACCCAGCAUUUGCCAAGAAGUUUGUCAUCGACUAUCACUUUGAGGAAGUACAGAAGCUCAAGUUUGCCCUAUUUGACCAGGACAAGUCUAGUCUGCAACUGGAGGAGCAUGACUUCCUGGGCCAGUUCUCGUGCACUCUGGGCAUGAUCGUCUCCAGCAAGAAAAUCACCCGGCCCCUGGUCCUCGUGAAUGAGAAGCCAGCAGGAAAGGGUCUGAUCACGAUCACUGCCCAGGAACUUUCAGAUAACCGAGUCAUCACUGUGAGCAUGGCUGGCAGGAAACUAGACAAGAAGGACCUCUUUGGGAAAUCAGAUCCAUUUCUAGAGUUUUAUAAGCCAGGAGAUGACGGCAAAUGGAUGCUUGUUCACCGGACAGAGGUGAUAAAGUACACUCUGGAUCCUGUGUGGAAACCAUUUACUGUGCCUUUGGUAUCUCUUUGUGAUGGAGACUUGGAAAAGCCUAUUCAGGUCAUGUGCUAUGACUAUGAUAAUGAUGGCGGCCACGACUUCAUCGGUGAAUUCCAGACUUCUGUGGUGAAGAUGUGUGAGGCUCGAGAUGGUCUUCCGGUAGAAGUAGAAUGUAUCAACCCUAAAAAACAAAAGAAGAAGAAGAACUACAAGAACUCAGGCAUCAUCAUUAUCCGCUCUUGUAAGAUAACCCGGGACUAUUCUUUCCUCGAUUACAUCCUUGGAGGAUGCCAACUCAUGUUUACUGUUGGGAUAGACUUCACAGCCUCCAAUGGGAACCCCCGAGAUCCCUCCUCUUUGCACUAUAUCAACCCCAUGGGCACCAAUGAGUAUCUGUCUGCCAUCUGGGCUGUUGGACAGAUCAUUCAGGAUUAUGACACGGACAAAAUGUUCCCGGCUUUGGGAUUUGGCGCCCAGUUACCCCCAGACUGGAAGGUUUCUCAUGAAUUUGCUAUCAACUUCAACCCCACCAACCCUUUUUGCUCAGGUGUGGAUGGCAUUGCCCAGGCAUAUUCAGCCUGCCUUCCCCACAUUCGCUUCUAUGGACCCACCAACUUCUCCCCCAUCGUCAAUCACGUAGCUCGUUUUGCCGCCCAUGCUACGGAGCAGCAGUCAGCCAUGCAAUAUUUCAUCCUCCUCAUCAUCACUGAUGGCGUUAUCAGUGAUAUGGAUGAGACCCGUCAUGCUGUGGUACAGGCCUCCAAGCUUCCCAUGUCCAUCAUUAUUGUGGGUGUGGGAAAUGCUGACUUUGCUGCCAUGGAGUUCCUGGAUGGUGACACUCGUCUUCUUCGUUCUCACACUGGCGAGGAGGCAGCCCGAGACAUCGUGCAGUUUGUGCCCUUCCGAGAAUUCCGUAAUGCACCUAAAGAAACUCUGGCUAAAGCUGUGCUGGCGGAGCUGCCCCAGCAAGUUGUGCAGUAUUUCAAACACAAAAACCUGCCGCCCAGCAACUGCGAGCCUGCAUAGCAUCCUGCCGCCUCCUCUCCCUUCAGGACCAGCAUUAGCAUGUCGGCCAAACCCCAUCGCAGUUCCCCAAGGAAAGUGCACGUGUGCCAGACUUCUUCACUGGUGUGUUUUUUUUUUUUAAAUAAAUUGGCUUUUUUGUUGUUUUUUUGGUGGUGUUUUUUUUUUUUAAAACAACUGGACUAUUUCCCUGCUCUCUUCCAAACACAGCUGGGUUGCCUUUGUCAGAUUUGCCAAUCCUGAUCCUACCAGGCCAUGCAGGGCCACUCCCCUUUCUUCCCUACCAUCAUUUUCAAGUAUUGAAUGUACUUUGUACAAUUUUAGUGGAAGAACUGUUGAACUGUUAAAGAGAAUAAAUUUUUACAAUCAGAACUGGCUUUUUCCAAGCAACUAGCUAUAUGUGAUAAAAAAAAAAAGGUCUAUCCGUUAUUUGUGUUAACCUCUCAUGCUCUGUUCAUUUUUAUACUGUGUACAUGUUCUAUUUGUUAUACUCAGGUUAAUAAAGAAACUCUGACAUUCCCA